GAUAUCAUCUCUUUAGUUGUGGAGGAAGAAUCUCGGAAAUGUGAGAAGAAUUCAAGCCUCUGCUUCCCAGUUCCUGCCCCUGAUCCUGUCAUCCUGGAGAUUGGCUGUGGCUCUGGAGCAAUUUCUCUGAGUCUGUUGUGCAAACUGCCACAGAGCCAGGUGAUAGCUGUGGAUAAAGAGAAGGCUGCUGUGGAUCUCACCAGGGAGAAUGCACAUAGGCUGCAACUCCAGGACAGGAUCCACAUCCUCCACCAAGACGUUUCAUACAGUUCUGCCAAGCAGCUGCUGUUCUGGGGCCCCAUAGACUUCAUAGUCAGUAACCCCCCCUAUGUCUUCCAUGAAGACAUGGCUUCCUUGGACGCAGAAAUCCUCCGCUAUGAGGACCUUGAUGCACUGGAUGGGGGAGAUGAUGGGAUGAGAGUUAUCAAAACAAUUCUGGCUCUGGCUCCUUCUCUUCUGAAGGAUUCUGGGAGCGUGUUUCUGGAAGUUGAUCCCAGACACCCAAAUAUGGUGGAGAAGUGGCUACAGGCACACCCCGACUUAUUACUUGUUCUCCGUGCCAUUCACAAGGACUUCUGUGGCAAGCCUAGGUUUGUGCAUAUCCAACGCCAAAGCAGGUGA